CAUCAUGCCGCCCAAACCGGGUCGUCCUUCUUCCCGUGAGCCUCAAGGCGCAGUCGCCUCUUUUUCCCAUAGACCCUUGCGAAACAAGGCCACAGCAAAAUGGCGGACCGACCCGUUCCCGUGAAAGAUUUGAGGCUCUUGGAUGUGAAAUUGGGCCAGCUCCCGACAUGGUUGGCAUCAGGAGAUUACAGCCCUGGAGGGAUUUAUAGAGCUUACAAACGAGGUACCGGCCGAUUUUACACCAAGUACUUUGAUGUGAAGAAAGGUGGCAUCGGGGGCCUCGCAAUGAUACUUACAGGCUACGUGGUGAUCAGCUACAUCUGGAGCUACGACCAUAUUAAGCAUGACCGCUGGAGGAAAUAUCAUUGAGACUAAAUGCACCAGAAGAACACAGGCGCCCCUCGACUGGCAGUAGGAAGAGCAGAGAUCGCAUCCACAGAAGGCUCCUUGCCCUUAAAUGCUGAAUUCGUUUCCAGUAUGAGCAGACUAUUGUGACCAAUAAUAAAACAUUUGUUAAAAGUGUA